AGAUUACACGAAGCAUGUCCGUAAACCUCUUUACCGCGCAGGCCAGACGACGUAGAACAGCAGAAUUAAGCGUGAUUCGACCGUGAUUAAUAAGAUUUGUUGGAAUAUAAACAGGAAAACCUGAAUGGAGGAAGCAAGACCAACAGGCCAAAUACAGCUUCUGCCAAGGAGGAAUAGUCGGACCAAGGAUCUACAGGUUCUCUGAUAGAAAGCUGAGUAAGAGCUACCCAGAUGUUUGGUGGACUGGCAGAUGGACUGGCAGAUGAAGUGAUGGAACCACAGGCAACCCCAAGAAGAGACAUAAAGAGGGAGAUCUUAGACAUGACUCCAUCAAGUUAUAUUUCAACUGACCAGAAUAUGUUGGCUGGACCAGAAUCAGAAAUGAGGGAACCUGAUAAUAUUCCAGAAGGUGGAUUAAAAAGUGAGAUUAGAGACUUGACUCUAUCAGGUGUUUUUUCAACUCCCAGAAAAAGAGCUGCUGCAGAAGCAGCGGAAAUAGUGGCUCCAGAUAUCACACUAAGAUGUAGAAAUUUCACAGUUACGACUGUAUCAAGUUCUAUUUCACCUGUUAGGAAAACAUUUACAGCCCCAGCAGAUGGAGUGGUGCAGUCACCGGAAACUCCAAAAGGUGAAUUAAAGAAAGAAAUGACUGAUAUGACUGCAUCAAUUUUUAUAUCUCCUGCCACCAAAGAAGCUGCAAAAUCAGUAACUGAAGUGAUGGAAACACAAGGGACUUCAAGGGAUGACUUAAGAAAUGAGAAAGUAGACAUGAUGCCAUCAAUCUAUAUCCUUAAUGCCCAGAAAAAGGCUGCUGAAACGAUGGACCUGUCAGAGACUUCGUCCAGAACUGACAAAGAGGAAGAUGAGAUUCACCUGCCUGUGGGUCACAAAGGAAGAAAUUUGUUGCAAUGUACCCUGAACAGCUUGAAUGGACAAAGAAGAAAAGAUAUGUCAAAUAUAAACAAACCACCUGCAGGAGGAGAAGAAGCUGACAAAGACUGUACAGUAUCUAUUACAGUAGACAGAUCAAUAGGCAAACUUCAAAAACAUGGUGAAAGGAGACCAAGAGGCAGACCUCGUAAACAUGACUCUCUUAAGGCUGUUGCACCUAGACCAAGAGGCAGACCUCGUAAACAUGACUCUCCUAAGGCUGUUGCGCUUAGACCAAUAGGCAGACCUCAUAAACAUGACUUUCUUAAGGCUGUUGCACUUAGACCAUUAGGCAGACCUCGUAAACAUGACUCUCUUGAGGCUGUUUCACCAAGACCAAUAGGCAGACCUCGUAAACAUGACUCUCUUAAGGCUGUUGCACCUAGACCAAUAGGCAGACCUCGUAAACAUGACACUCUUAAGGCUGUUACACUUAGACCAAGAGGCAGACCUUGUAAACAUGAUUCAUGUAUGGCUCUCGAAGUGAGACAUGGUAGACCUUGUGAUCACGACUCACUUCUCUCACUUAUGGCUGCUGCAGGAAGAGCAAGAAGUAGACAUUGUGAACACGGCUUCCUCAUGGCAUAUGAUGAUGAAGAUCAUGGAAGUGAAGAUGGACACAGGGAUGAUAUCCUAACAGAAGAAACAUCAAGUAAUGAUGACCAGUUUAGAGCAAGUACAGUGUUCAGUUCACCUUCAAUCGGCAGACACAGUGUAGAGAUUCCACCAACCAUAGUAAUCGUGAACAUGGCAAAUGGAAUUAUCAUAUCAGAAAGUGAAAUAGGAAAUAACGGAGAAGCUUUGGUCGCUGACAUGAUUCUGAAACCAGUAAGGGUAGACAUAUGUCAGGAUGAAGUGAAGGAGUAUUUUCACAGAAAAUAUGUGGGAACAAAGCAUUCAAAAGAAUGUUAUUGUCUGCAAAAAUGAAAGGAAAGAAGUGUUUUGAUUAUGAACCAAAGUUGAAAAGGAACGGAAACCAACAUUUUGUAUAUGAAGACCCAAUAAAAACAAAGCCAGUUUAUCUGUCUCCUAGUGAAGCAAAA